AUGAAUUUCGUUCAGCCCUAUGUCGAUCGGGCGUCGUCGGACCUGCAGUCCAUUGUGGACUCUUUGCAGGUGUCAGACGCUCACUUUUUUGACGAGAACCGAUACAAUGAAAGCGACAUACGGAAAGUGCUCGAUAUGGGCGACUCCGACGCCGAGAAGAAGAUCGUGGCGAUGAAACAUGUACUUAUAUUCAAUAGUAUAACUUUUAAUUCUCUUGUACUUGUUUCACAAGACAUACACCCCUACAAUCUAGUAACUUUCAUCUACUUUCUCUUUCUUAGGAAGCCUCAUAGAAGCUGUUGCAGAAAAAGAUACGAUAUUGUCUGAGACAAAAAUGUUGUAUAAAGUCCACUAUCACUGCAUCCUUACGAACCAACAGGUUCUAGCUGCGGUUUCGUAUGGCAGGGAUUGCGGUGACCUGUUCCCACACGUGGUAAAGAAUGUACCGACGACCUCAUUGGAGCUUAAAAAACUGACCUACAUCUACCUCGUAACUUACGCAGACUGCAAACCUGAGCUGGCACUUCUGUCGAUCAAUAUUAUGGAACAGUUGGCUUACUGCGUGUAGUAGGAAGAUUGUUCUUGUCCUUCUCAUCUUUAAUAUCGCUGGAGGACCACUACUUGUACUUAUUUGCAUGUCUUAGUUGUGUGACCUUAUCGAAACCAACUGAAGCCUAAGCGGCCAGCCCGUUUUUCAAUCAAUUCAGGCUCUUCCCAAUUCCAAACUAAGCUAGCUGUUCUUUCCAAACUGAGCUUUCAUGCAACGUUUCCAGAAGGACCUGACCGACCGCAGCCAAAUCAUACGAGCUAGUGCGUUAAGGGCCUUAUCAUCGGUUCGGACCAUGGAAAUCAUUCAAAUCGUGCUCAAGAGCAUUCGGACGGCGGUUGGCGAUACUAGCGCUUAUGUACGGAAGACGGCGGUGCAUUGCAUCGUCAAAGUGUUCGACGUGGAUCGAGAUCAAUACGCUCCGUACUCAAAUUUUGCUUCUGGAUGUGUGAAUCUAUUGUCGUAAGUACUUUUCAGUUUGUUAUUGUUUUCUAGGCAUCAUUGUCAUUCUCAUUCAUGCAUCUUUCUCUUUCUCCAUUGUUGAUCAUUCCUCAACUGGGGUCUGCUUCAGAAGUAUUUCAUAUUCGACUGUUGCUUGAGAAGUAUUUCAUAUUCGACGAAAAUAAAUCUGUCGAUGCGUUGAUUUCAGGCUCCGGGAUAUGACGUUGAAGCUGCUGGGUGAUCGAAACACGUCAGUGGUUGCCUCUGCCCUUGCGACUUUUCAUCAUAUCUGCGUUGCGAAGAGGCCACAGGUGCUAACUGCUGUGAAGUUUUGUCACGAGUGACACCAUGCAUAAGAAAGAUGAGAAACUGCGCAGUCGCACAAUGAAUUUGAUUAUCUAGUUGUUUGGAGCAAUACUGAUUAUUUAGUUUUGAAUUCGAGUAAAACUAAAAUAUAAAAAUUCAGGGCGAGGGAGAGCAAGCGACAUUUGCGCUAUUGCAUCCUUAUUUUCGGAGGCUUGUCUCCUUAGCGCAAACGAUGCCGAACUUUUCGCAGGCGUGUUUCGCAGAUCUCAUGCUCCGCUACGCGAGACUUUUCUACUUUUCGCCGAACUCUGAUGGUAUGAUUAAGAGGCGAAAAAUUAGUACUAGGUAGUUUCUUUGUACUACCGAACAAGACUGCAACAGAGGGAGUUGCUUGUUGCCCAACUGUGCGCCAGGUUUUCAUAGAGUUGACCGUGAGGGAGCCCGCGACCGGUGUCAGACUCUUGGGGCAUCCGAGGCACGCACGCAGCAAGGCAGCAAGCUGCGCGGGGCGCGCAGCGCCCCGCAGACGGGUGCGGGCGUGCUGGUGUCGGGGAUGGCGAGAGGCCUCGGGCGACCUUGCUCGGUCGAAGCUGAGCAACAUAGGGCGCAGCUUUUUACUGUGCGCGGUGCCAGGUGGGACGCGUUUUCAUUGGCGUGCGGGCGUCUGUUUGCUGUUGAGGCAUCUGCAGGAAGCCGCUCCCUCGGACUCAUCCUGCCAGCUGUGAGAGAUGACGCGCGCGCAGCCAUUCAAGUACUGUUUCGGGCUCAGUGGUGUCGAGGUUGCUUGGCUCGUCUUGGUGCCUAGGGAAAAGAUCUGGCUUGCGGGAGGCCCAUGCAUCGCGGCCCAAGUGUCGGGAGGCGAGUGCCCAGACUUCGGCGCCCAAAGUGUCUGCCGCCCUCCUCGAAGUGGGGCAGCCUUGCGCCCACCGUGGGUGUGCUGUGCGACUGGCUUGGCUGCCUGCUCUUGUAGCGUUGGGCUUGGAGGUAUCUCGUGACUUUGAGAAUUCGCGCCGCCUGGUAAUGCAGGCGCGGCCGGGUCGUGUCUAGCUCUACCCAGCUCAAGAAGCAAGGGCCCAGGCAGUCCAGCGGGCUGCCCGUCAUUUUCACUGAGCAGAAACGCGCGCCUCCGCCGCCCAGUGCCAGGCAUGCGCCCGCGGGGCUUGGAAAUGGGGCUUCUGCGAGUGGGUGAUCGAUGAAGGCAGGCACGCACGGAGGGCGCGACUGCACUUUGAGCCUCUGGCCUUGCAGCGAGCCGUGUGCUGAGCUUGUCGGGUGAGUCGGUGGAAGUAGUGCUGGCUCUGGCUUCGUAUUCGUUACCUCUUUCAUACUUAAAUUCAUAAUAUGCAAGCAUGCUAGUGCUCGGUUCGUUGUGCUCUAUGUAUUGUAAGAGGAGGACUCACUUCUAGGGCUUGCUAGGCCCGCUGCGGUGGCAGUCUCCUGCUGUAUCUAAUUUUGACACUAGCUUUAGUGUACGUGCUCCGACGUCCUCUCUAUGUAAACGUGAAGGUAAUCCUCCGCAGCCUUCGAACGAUUUUGCGAGCUUAGUGAAAUGUUUCCAGGGCUUGCUCCGGACGCAGUCUGGAGCCGUUGUUUUGUCUGCUGCGUCAGCCCUUUGUUAUCUCAGCCGGUCCGAAGACGAUGUGAAGUGUGUCAUUCCGCCACUGCUGAGGUGCUUGAGGGUACUCUUGGUCCGAUUUUUUUUGAAGAAGUACGUAGAGUAGACUUGGGGAACGAUAUUUUACCAUAAUUCGUAAUUUUGAAUAUUGAAAGACUAAGGCGUGGCCGAGGGGAAGUUUCGCUUUGUGCGUGCGUUGUGGAGUGAACAAUCACUCGUUUUGAAAUCAGGCGGCGCCGUGGGACAACAUGGCGGUCCUCUUUACAGGGUUUAUUCCGAUUCUGCGGCGUCACCCCUUGCUGUUUAAGCCAUAUUUGGCGGAUUUUUUUGUCAUGCAGAUGGAUCCAAACAGUAUCAAGCUGCUGAAGGUAGAGGUUCUAGAGCAACUUGCAGACGAGGUGAACGUGGCGAAGAUUUUAGCGGAGUUGAAAUUAAGGCCACUGUCAGUAUAAGAUGAUAGCAACCUUCGGCUUUAAGUCUUCUUUUCAGUUUUCUUUUUUUCUUAGAAAGGGCUCUACCACAAUUAGAAGAUGAUAGCAAGUCCUCUGGGUUGGUGCAACGGCGUGCAUCUCUGCCUAUCCCCGUUCCAGCAUGAUCCGCAGACUAUCUUCCCUAUGAGGAUGGGAAGCACCGUCCUGAAAAAACUUCUCGUUAACUGAAUCUCGAAUACCAAAAGUCCAGGAACGAACUACUACGUACUACAGAUAUCCACUACUCUAAGCAGGCAGUAUGUUCGGUGGCAUUCGUAUCCGCCUCUGGUCGCUCGCAGUAUUCGUGCGAUCAGCAACGUGGCCCUCAGCGUCGAGUCACGGCCGAUGGUCGAUGACUGUCUUCGCGAUCUCGUAAAGAUGUUGGACAGCAAAUCCGAUACUGUCUCAGCCGAAGCCGUCGUCGCGAUCCGAACUUUGCUCCAGCAACAGACCCAUGAAGGUGGCGGACCGAGCAAUAGCACCGUGAUUCAGUCACCGAUGGUGGAAUCGCAACAUGAAUUAAGGUUCGAUCUGGAAAACCUUUCUUGAUACAUAGGUGUGCUAAAAGCUAAUAUGUAGUUGAUCAUUGGGGGCGGUAACACCUUCCUCUUCUAAAGUUUUACUUGUCAUGAUUCAGGAGUAUCAGAGGGAACUUCAUCUUGCUUCAUCAAGAACUCGCAUCGUUUCUCAGGAUCAUAAUUCAAGGUCAUUCUGCAUCUAGGUUGACAUGACCUUCUUGAGGGAGACCUCUCUUGAGGGUUUCUCAAAGAGCAUCUUCUAAGUACAGCCUCAUUGCCGUCACCCACGCGAGAUUCGAGUCCUUCGCUCGCACCAGGGAGCCAGAAAACCCGCGCGCAGUUCUGGCUUCAGGUCAUUUCGCAGCUCACUCGCAGUCUAGAAGACCUUACUUCUUCAGUGGCACGUGCUUCCGUGAUCUGGAUAUUGGGCGAGUACCAGAGCGAAGUACCGUUGUUGGCGCCCGAUGCAGUACGAAAGCUUGCGCGCUCGUUCUCGCAAGAAUUACGACUUCCGGAAAUCAAUCCUCAGAGGCAUCUUGGUCCUUUGUCUAAGGGAAAAAUGGGCCCAGGAUGACUUUCAAGAUGGAUUCCGGGUAGUACUAAAAGAAGCACUAGAAGUGAAACAUCAAAUCUUGACGCUGGCAUUCAAAGUGUGGGCAUUUCAGCUGUUUGGAAAUCACGAAGAAGACACGCCUGUAGUUCAAAACGAUAGUACUGCGGCUCUCGCAGGAGACGCUCUUUUUCCUCCAAGUAGCACACCAGCUGAACAACAACAAAAUAGCGGAAAUAGCACUUCUCCGGGUUUUCUUGCAGACAAGUCCCGAGAGGAUGGGCUUCAGCUGAGUACCUUCGUAGGAGAGUCAGGUGAGGGUGGAAGCUCCUCGUCAACACGGCCAGCGCCAAAUUCGAAGAACAUGGUUGCACGGCUGGAGAAAAUUCUCGACUACAUUGUCCAACUGGCCAUGAAGGACGACGAGUCAUGGGAUCUGCGGGACAUGGCGCGGUUGGUGUACCAUCUGAAGAAUCAAGCGAAAGAGCGAGGACGAGCGACUGUAUGGAGAGAAAACAUAAGUAUCCACAUCAAAAAUAACUACCUACAUAAGUAUCCACAUCAAAAAUAACUCCUUACCUCUCUCAAGUAAUCAGAAGACAGCAAGUUAGUCACAUGGAUUGAAGAAUGUCCUUUUUGCUGCUUGUAGUUUGUUCUUUUCAACCCCUCUCUACAAGACUUUCUCGUGAGAUGCAAAAAUAUGUCUUUUAGAACGAGGACAUGAACGUGACGAAGACGAACAAAUAUCUUUCAUCGCCUUUUGCGUCGACGCUUGUCGGAGUCUUUUCGCAACAGCCUGAAGCGGAGGCGCUGCGUUCGUCACUGGCAUGCGUGAAAAAAGGUCGAAAGGCUGGUAUUGAGAGUGCCAAAGACGACGAGCUUUCUGGCGACACCGUCAAAGCUGCUCUACAAUUAAGGGUCACUCAUAUUCAUCUUAUUCUUAAGAAGCGUCGUGGAAAGGUUUUGUAAAAAGGGAAAAUGACUAUCGUCCAAGAUGCUCUUUAGGAUGAAUAUCGGUAGGGUCUAAUGCUAUCUGUACAGUAUCGCAGUUCACAAGAUCACGCUGGUUUGCCCUACACGGACCGGCAAACAUGGCUCCUCUACUCUCUUGCUCGCAUUCUUGAUGGAGGGUUUGCGUCGUAUCAUCCCCUGCCCGAGUUCUCUCAUUUAAGGGUUCCCACAUUUCAUCCUUCACCAACAUCCCUGACUCUUUUCCCGGUAGGAAAUGAGUCAGGGAUGUUCUGAGGAAUGUAAUUCCGUAACCUCUAACUCAUUUUGUACCAGACAGCGAGAGGGAUCCGCCACAAGAGCAGAUUCGACAGUUGGAAAAAAGCCACGAACCCAAAAGCUUGAGCUCAAGUACCUCAGCACAACAAGGCUUCGAAUUCGCGGCGGCGCAAAGGGUAUUUUCUAAACGACUUUUCACAAGUGAAAACUUUCAAAAGAAUAAUAUAGAGAACAAACUGCAUAUGUAAUGUAGUCUGAUUUCUGAUUCAUAAAUCUGAUUCUGGUCUACAACUUGUUUUUUAUGUUUUUAUGUUUUCGCUCAACUCCUAUAUUCAUCCUCUUCGUGUCUACUACUUCCUUGAAAAAGAAGCUAACGGAGUGUAACCACAACAUUUUUUGGUAAGUCCACACUAAAACUAGGUAUUGCAGCCGUCGAUGAUCGACAAGCAGGCAGUGGCAAAACUGAACUCAAUGGCUGAUUUAGACAGCUUCUAUGCUGCAGACGAGAAGGUGAGCGUAAAGUCCGUCCAGAUAGUUCAACAGCAAGCCUCUGCGCGCGAGGCUGUUCGCGCAGCGCGCAAAAACCCACAGUUCAACCACACUCUUGGCAACACCUGUCCGGCAGAGGAUCUGAGCACAUUCAGCUUGAUGCCGGAUACGCUUAAGGCUUCCCCGAAUCCAUCUUUCGAGAUAUCCUGACAAGGAAAAGAGGCUCCCUCAGGAGGAUGUGUCUUAAGUAGGUGGAAUCGGGUGAGCUCUAAUGCACAAACACCAGUAGCAGGAUUCCCCGUUGGAGCUGCAGGCGCAGGUGGCGUUCCUGUAAUGCCUCAUGGUGCACAGAUUCCAGCUGUUCCUGUCAGCAUGCCUGGCGUCCCUGCCAUGCCGAUGCCUGUCGUGGUGCCGCAAAUACCUCAAAUGCUGCCGGCAGGAAACAUUGUCGAGGGAGAAGAUGAGGAAAGCGACGACGACUGGGACUUGAUCAAGAAAAAUGCCGACGCUGAAGGUGGAGCAUGAAGAUCCAUCUAAAGAACAGAUUUUGGAAAAAACAACACCUCGAAAUUUUGAAGACUUUUUCAUAAUAAAGCAUGAGUAUCUAUAAGUGGACUCAACACAUAUUAGACAUUUACAUUUUAUGAUGAAUUUCUUGGGUUAGAAACUUCAAAAAGGAGUUCUUGUGUGUUAGAAUUUGACCAAGAAAGAACCAUUUACUAGAUGUACUAGAGUAGCAUGAUACAAAGUGAGGUAGAAACAUAUCGACAUCAAACUUCUUUGAUACUAUCCGACCAAACCACUACACUAUUCCGAGAAUGAGAACAACUUCAAAUACGCAUAUGUAGCAUUUCCAUUUGAAUUGGCUCUACUUUCGUGGGUCCUUUAGCCCUGGGCCACAAGGAGGUAGUCGAUCGUGAAGCAGGUAAUCUGACCCGAAUAUUUCCGCCUCAACAACUUCUACGUUGGCGACGUCCACCCAUGAUCAGGUAGCGGGAAUAAUAUUGAGGUGUUUGUAUUUCUGGUGGCCUAAGCG